CCUCGCCGCCUGUUGCUAGGGGAUCCCGGGCAGGGCCGCAGCGGUUUUCUGCCCGCUCCAAGGCGGCCGGCGGCGGAACGCGGCUCCCCGUCCGCCCCGGGCAUGGAGGGUGACAAGAGACGAACCAAAGAAGAUACUUGGAAAUCAGAAGAACUUAGGAAGCAUCUUAGGGCAUCACAACCAGGUAGUCAAAAUGAAGACCAAAAGCACAAGGAAAAGAAAGUGCAGAGGGAGAAGUCUGUUCAUGGCACAGAUGAUCGUAAACAUGAACACAAAGACAGAGGGAAGAGCAAGGAAAGAACAAGAGAGAGAGAGAGAUUUAAAUCUGGUGAAAGAGACAGGGAUAAAAUGAGAGAAAGGGGAAAAGAACACCAGAGAGGAGACCAGGAGAGAUACAAAGAUAAACUUCAAGAGUCAAAUUUGAAGGAGAGAUACAGUUUACCAAGAGAGAAAGACAGGGAGAGCAAUAGAGAACGAGACAAAAAGCAUAAAAUACGUGAGAUAAAGCAAAUAGAUACACAAAGUAAUCUGAAAUCAUUUGAAAGAGAAGAGAAAGAACAUCACAAAAGAAGAGAAAGCAGGCAUCAUUUAGAGGAGAAAACAAGAAGUGAGGAGCGAGAAAGAAGACGUGCAGAAAAGGAGGAUAAUAACAAAAAGAGAACUGACAAAUUUUUAGCAUACAAAGCUGAAGAAGUGGAACAUGUACACAAAUUACAGAAAGACCUAGAGCUGGUUAAAGAGGGAGAAAGAAGACAGAGAGAAAAAAAAGAGCAUUCUGUUAGGCCAGGAAAAGAGAGGCUUUCAAAAGAGAGAAAUCAUAAAAGCUAUGAAAAGGAAGAGGAAGAAAAGCAUAAAUCAAAGAGAUCUAAAGAGGGAUCUUCCCAUGGAGACAGAGAAGGGCACCUGGCAGAAGCUAAUGAGACACCAAAAAGCAAUGAAAACGAAAGAAAGAAGAGUGAUCAACGGAACAGCAAAGACAAAAAGAGGGAGAGGCUUCAAGAAGAAAUGAGGCAUCAUGAUGCAAGAACUGUAAAAGACAGAGGAAAACUCCCUGAAAAAGAGGAAAGGGAUACAAGACAAGAGGAAGUGAAAGAUAAACACAUCUAUAAUUCAGACACAGGAGUUGAUAACUUUUCAGCAAAUUAUGAAGAUGAUUUUGAAGAUUAUGAAGAUGAUUUUGAAGAUGAUGAUGAAGACAAAAGUAGUGAAGAAAGAGAUGCAGAAGAAAGCCUAAGAAAACCUUCAUUUUCCAGAACAUCAGAAAUUAAAGAAAUUCAAAGAGCGAUUAGUGCAGAAAAUGAUAGAAUUUAUGCUUCCUUGCCAAAGAAAAUUGAAGAUGUAAAAAAGGAACCAAUCAUGGAAAAGCAAUACACUUCUGUCAGAAACUCUUUUUGUGGAAUAUUCAUGGAUUUUCAAAUGGCAAACCAUCGACAAAGUAGCCGAGAUAUGGCUAAUAAGCAGAAAAAACGGAGUUCAGAACUUCUCCCAUUAAUUGACCUGGACUUCUCAGUUAGUUUUUCAUUGCUGGAUUUGCCUCCUGUAAAUGAGUAUGACAUGUAUAUCAGGAACUUUGGUAAAAUGAACACUAAGCAGGCAUAUGUUCAGUGUAAUGAGGACAAUCUUGAGAGAGAUGUUCAGACUGAGGAAAUUGAGACACUGGAGAAAUGGACACAGCAUCCAGGAGAAAGUGCCCAUGUAUCUGGAGGUCCCAUAAAUAGCCAGGAGGUGUCAGUGAGUGGAGCACUAACACCUCAAAUUGAUUCACAGAGAUUAACAAACUUCCUCCGGUCUGCUUUCCAGGUGAUUGCUGUUUUGCUAGAGGAAGAUCAAGUUGCAACACAACCCAAGUGGAAACUAAGUUCUGGACAAACCAGUCUGUCUAUUAGUGAUAGCUGUUUCCAGUUAAAUACUAACCAGCCAUUCCUCCAUGACAGAAAAAUAUCCUGCUUAUAUGUCUCUCAAGUUCAGAGGCAGACAAUACUUUCUGUUCAUGGAUUACCUGAAAAGCCAGGUGUUGGUUUACUGAACAGAAAGAGCAUCAUAUGUGUUUGGAACAUCUGGCAGCCCUCCAGUCCUCAGAAGGUUUUAAUAUGUGACUCAGAGGUGAUAUGUUGCUGCUCUAGUCCCAGUAAAGCAACCUUUGUUUUUGCUGGAACAAUAGAUGGUUCACUGUUGGUGUGGGAUCUUGAAGAAGACUCCAGAAUGCACCCUCAUAUGAUGGUCGGUGACACUGACUGGACAUUUAGAGUUCCAACCUUUUCCACUGAUGGCAUUCUGAACUCAGUAAGCCACACUUCUCCUAUACUGGCAGUGGAACCUGUCUCAACCUCUCUCUACAGUGAUCAGAAGUACAAACUAUCAAGCCUCUCUUAUCAGGAUGAAACGUCAGGCCCUCCAUUUCAGAUAGCUUCAAUGGAUGAAAAUGGAAUCCUCAACAUGUGGGUAGUUGUUGAAUUACAAAAAGUGGAUUUAGCUGGCUCACAGACUGAUUUAGGUUUAAUUCCUGGAGGGAAAGUGAAGUUAGUACAUAGCUCUACUAUGGAAUUAAGUAACAGCCUUUUCCCAAAGGAUGUGCGCCAGAGAAUGCCCCUGACACAGACUAUUAAAUUUCUGUCUUCUAAUCCUAAUAAUUUCAUUGUUGGAACAAACAUUGGAUUGGUAGCCCAUGGUACAAGACAUGAUUUAAAAGUAUUUCCAAAGUUAUUCAGACCCCAGGAGGGUGGACUCAGAUCAACAAGCAUCAAUGCAAUUGAUUUUUUCCCUUUUGGAAAACCACUAUUUUUGGUUGGCUGUUCAGAUGGAAGCAUUAGAUUACACCAAAUGACAUCAGAGUAUCCCCUCAUGCAGUGGAAUGACAGCACAAGUGGCCAGCCAGUUAUUGCCCUACAGUGGGCUUUAACAAGGCCUGCUGUAUUUUUUGUCCUGGAUGCAUCAUCUAAUAUUUACAUUUGGGAUCUUCUUGAAAAUGAUCUGUUGCCUAUGGCAAAGCAGACUAUUCCAUCAGACAAUGUUAUAACUAUGGCUCUACUGGGAGAACCAGAAAAAACAAAUGGAUUGUUAGGCAUUGCACUGGCCAAAGAUUCUGGACAGAUAGAGAUUCACAGUGUAAAGAAGAAGUGGGCAUUAACUCAGCCUGAGGAAUGUGAAAAACUACAUUUUAUUUUAUUGCAGUCUUUUUAGAAACAAUACACCUAUAUGGUUGACCAUGUUAUUGCAAAAUCUUUAGAUUAUUUUUUUACUUCAGUUAAAAGGUUUAUAAUGCUUUUUUUUA